AUGUCGCAUCUCUACCCCCACCUCCGCAUCCACCAAGUCUUUGGAGCAAACACAGAUGUGGGCAAGACGAUCUUCACCACUGCUCUCUCACUCGCCUCUGCUGCCCUACCUCUCUCCUCUGACUCCUCUUCUCCACCCAGUGAUGUUCUCUCUGCCUCAGCCCAAGGCUUGGGCGAGAAAUUAUACUACCUCAAACCAGUCUCCACGGGCGCACUCACCGGCUCUGACGAUGCCCAUGUCUCUCGCUACGCUCCUGGCACACAAUACAAAACCCUCUACCGAUUCUCCGAACCUGUCUCCCCUCAUCUCGCUGUCCAGCUCGAACGCCGCGCCAAACUUGCAGAGCGAGAAGUAGGCCAAGAACCGGCUCCACCAAGCGAUGAAGAGUUCGUCCGUGAUGUCGGAAAGUGGAUCCACCACGCAGCCUCCCUCUCCGAAGGUCAGAGGGCAGUAGCAUAUGUUGAGACUGCAGGAGGAGUUCAUUCCCCUGGUCCAUCGGGUUUGUCUCAAUCCCAUCUUCUUCGACCUUUGCGCUUACCUUCGAUCCUUAUCGGGUCCUCUGAGCUGGGCGGGAUUAGCACAACCCGCUCUGCAUUUGAGUCGUUGCUUGUGGCAGGGUACGAUGUGGAAGCGGUACUACUGUUCCCUUCGCACAGGUACGGAAAUGUGGAGUAUUUGAGCAAGUUCUUUGCUGAAGAGCACAACAUUCCCGUAUUCGGCCUGGGUGGACCCAAUGGUGCGGAGUUGUACGGUCCUCCACCAACGAAGAAUGUUGAUACUGCAGCGGACAGAGAGGCUAUGAGGAGGUUCUAUCAGGGUCUCGUCUCCGGUAACCCGCAGUCCACCGGUGCCGAGGAGAACAAGGGAGGAGUGUACAAAGUGGUCUCUUACCUCCGUCAACAGCAUCAAGACCGAAUUGAAAAGUUGGGGACGAUGGCUCAGAGAACACGAGACACUUGCUGGUGGCCUUUCACGCAGCAUCAACUUACUCGAGCGAACGCAGAGGUCAACGUGAUAGACAGCGCUUAUGGAGAUUUCUUUUCGAUGCUCGAUCAAUGCUCUCCCCCCUCUGCAGUAGCUGAUACAGUCAAGGCGAACUCCCUAUUGCAACCGGUGUAUGAUGGCUCUGCAUCAUGGUGGACCCAAUGUCUCGGUCACGCUCCUCAGCGUCUUGUCUCUGCCGCAGCCUCCGCAGCAGGUCGCUACGGCCAUGUGCUUUUCCCCAACGGUACACACGAACCUGCACUCCAUCUCGCUGAGUUUCUCACGGGCAAACAAUCCUCUCCUUCCACUCCCCCCUCACUUUCCUCCAACCCGGGCUACGGUUGGGCAGAUAGGGUUUUCUUCUCAGACGACGGAAGCACGGGUAUGGAAGUAGCACUCAAAAUGGCCCUUCAGUCCUCGAUUCUUCGCUAUUCUUCCCCUCCUUCUUCCGCAAAGGCCGCUUCGAAAGCCACUCCUGGUCAACAAGCCGGUUAUCGCGGAGGAAGACCAAAGCAAGAAUGGGAAGUUCUAGGUUUGAAAGGCAGUUAUCACGGCGAUACGAUUGGUGCUAUGGAUGCUUGCGAGCCAAGUGUCUACAGCGAGGCCGUUCACUGGUAUAGAGGGAGAGGGCAUUGGUUUGACCCGCCAGUGGUGGAGAUGCGUGCUAAAGGAGACGUCUGCAUUUCUCUUAGUGUUCCGGAUAAGGAUCUAAGGGAGAGGAUGAGGAGCAGACACCUCCCAUCGACCCUCUCAUCGGGUCAAGGUGAGGUGGUGUUCCAACGCAGCUACAAAUCAAUGCAAGAAGUAUACAAUGUCGAAUCAAGACUCAAUUCCAACGAUCCUCUCGUUGAAUUCUAUCGCAACUCGGUCCGCGAUCAACUCCGCAACCUGACCGUUGAACAACAACGCAAGUUCGGAGCUCUCGUCCUCGAGCCUCUCGUCAUGGGCGCGGGAGGGAUGAUCUUUGUCGAUCCUCUCUUUCAACGUGUUCUUAUCGAUACUUGUCGCGCUUCCGCCGACCUGUUUUCUCUAACCGAUGCUCCACUUACCGCACCAACCCCCACGACCCCCAAGGUCCGGGAGGGUGAUUGGAAUGGCAUUCCAGUGAUCUUCGAUGAAGUUUUCUCUGGGCUUUACCGUCUUGGGCUCUGCACACCAGCAUCCGUUCUCGGUGUGACCCCUGACAUCUCCGUCUUGGCCAAAAUCCUCACGGGUGGAAUGGUCCCGAUGUCGGUCACGCUGGCGUCGAGUUGCAUCUUCGACACAUUCAACAAAAGUGACAGCAAGGUAGACGCUUUACUCCACGGCCACUCGUACACCGCUCACCCAAUCGGAUGUGCUGUUGCGGUCGAAACUUUGCGUGCUAUUGAAGAACUUAAGUCCAGCACUGGAUGGAAGCAAUCACAAUCGGAAUGGAAGUUGCAAAAGGAGAGCCAUGUUUGGUCGUUCUGGUCCAAAUCAGCGGUGGAAAAGUUGACCGAGUUGGAGAAUGUACACCAUGCUAUGGCGAUCGGGUGUGUUUUGAAGGUAGCAUUGAAGGAUAUGAGCGGGAAGGGAGGCUAUACGUCAACUGCAAGCGUUGAUCUGUUGAAGAAGCUAAGAUUCGGAGAAAGUGCCGAGCAAGGUCAUCCAAGUGUACCGACGCAGAAGGAGGAGGAGGGGAAGCUUCCGUACAACAUUCACGCUAGACCGCUAGGAAACGUCAUUUAUCUGAUGAGCUCGCUCAAUACCCCACAAAGCAUUCUCAGGACUAGCGAAGAGGUGUUGCAUGUUGCGAUUGCUGAUGAAGCUUCCAAGUAG